CAGUGGGUUUGGGGCAGGCUGGCUGGAUGUGGACAUUGAGCCAAGGGGAGCUGCCUCUUUGGCUGGGAGCAGCUCAGGUACAGGCAGUGACAGUCCCAGAAGAUGGUAGGUGUCUUCUGUAGUGGGACUGCCCUCACUUAAUAGAUGCAUUUCAACCUGCCCUUGGCCAAGCUAUAUCUGGGUUGUGUCCAGAAGAAGGAAAAAAAAAAUCUCAUGGUCUUAGCACAUGGUCUGGUAAACUGUACUCUUGGCUCUCAGUGGUGGGUGUUGAACUUGGUAGGUUGUUGAGCCUUUGUGUGCUUUGGUAUCUCCAUCUAMGGAGCAGAGAUAACAGUUGGUUUCAUGCAGGGAUUAAUUAUCGCAUCUUGUAGUCACGUAUUUGUUUAUUUGUUUUUACUAUAGAUUACAGCUGGAGGAAUUCUAAACAGUCCACUUCUCCUUGUCAUGGUGUUUGAGCGCAUUGUGCUCCUGUCUGAACAGAGGAAAUCACUGAGAGACCAAGGCUAGAUGAUGUUUUGAGACUGMGCAUACCUUUUCUGGAUGAUCUGAGGGAUGCACAUGGUGUUAUAGUAGGGUGUAAGAGAUGGGAGCCCUGCAGAAGUGUUGUCCAUGCUGCAUUCAGCUGUGGGGGUGUUGGCUUAAACAAUUGAUCCAGCAUUUGAAGCACUAUUGCUUGAUUUAUGUCUUGAUUUUUGGUAUCUUGGCAGACCUUUCUUUGAYAUACCAAAGCAUACCGCGGGUUUUAGUAGAAUUCUGCUCUURCAUCAAGCUUAAACCUCAUUGCUGCUCCCCGCCUUCAGCUGGAAACGGACAGACACCAUUUGUGAUUGAAUAUCCUGAGUCACCGAUUCCCAGCUGGCAUGUGCGCUGCAGUUCCAUCUCUUCCUUUCCGACUGCACUCCCUAGAGGAGAUUGGGAACAACUGCAGUCGUCAGCUCCAGCGUGGUUUGUGCGCUUGCUGGGAUCCACACAAUUGGUGGACAACCCCUGUCUACGUCUAUGGGGGAAUGAGGCAAAUGGGAGUGAGGGAGCCCACAGAAUAAACAGUGCCUUCUGCAGACCUGGAGAUAGUGYAAGCUGGAGGCCAUCAUUGCAAAGACCUUACAAAGCAUCUGGUUUCCAGCAGAAUUCAGGCUAUGGAGAGCUAAAUGGUAACGCAGGAGAACGAGAAGUGUCACUAAAGGGCCUGUGCUCUGAUGAAGCCACCACCCCAGCAUCCAGGGUACCCAAUGGCAGCCAGCAGCUUGUAGAUUCUAAUGCCACCCCAAAGCAGCCUGUGAAGGCCAGUGCUUUGGGGAAAGCUGGAAUCAAAACCAAGAACUUCAUUCAGAAAAAUAGCAUGGACAAAAAGAAUGAGAAGUCCUACGAAAACAAACACAGAGAAAACCAGUCCUCAGACAAGCCGGAGGGAGUGUCUAUUCCAAACGGCGUGGUGACCAAUAAUUCCAGCUACAUCACGAAUGGCUACGUAGGCAAAGGGGCCGACAACGAUGGUAGUGGCUCCGAGAGUGGAUAUACCACGCCCAAAAAACGGAAAGGCAGGCGCAACAGUGCCAAGGGUUGUGAGAGCUUGAAUCUAGUACAGGAUAAAAUAAUGCAGCAGGAGGUCAGCGCACCAACCUUGAAACAGGAACUUGAGAGUUUCAAGCCUGAUUAUAGUGAGCAAAAGGGGAACCGAAUUGAAAAUACUAAGCCUGUUUGGAAAUACGAGGCUGGGGCUGGUGGAGCAGGCCGGGGAAAGCCUGGGCUCGGGGAUGUACCGCGGAAAAACUCUGAUGCCAAACCUGGGAUUAGCAGCAAGAAGUUUGAUGACCGGCCCAAAGGGAAGCAUGCGUCGUCAGCUACAUCUAAAGAGGACUCAUGGACCUUAUUUAAACCGCCCCCAGUUUUUCCAGUGGACAAUAGCAGUGCUAAAAUUGUUCCCAAAAUUAGUUAUGCAAGUAAAGUUAAAGAAAACCUCAACAAAGCAGCUCAAACCCCAUCCACGUCGUCCUCGUCAUCUUCGUCAUCUGCUGGGGAAACUCAGGCCCAAACAUCAAGUCGAYUGUCCCAAGUCCCCAUGUCUGCUAUGAAAUCUGUCACUUCUGCCAGCUUCUCGAACGGGCCGAUCCUGGCGGGGACCGAUGGGAGUGUGUAUUCCCCAGGGACCCAGCCACUGCUCUCAUCUGCUGCUAGUACUGUACCAUCGACCUCCUCCGAGUCAGCGCCCCAGGACAUGAGUACAACUUCGACAGCCCUCGAACAAAAGAAAUCUGGCCUUUUUAUCUACCCUUCAAAUAUGCAAACUGUGCUCCUGGGUACAGGGCAAGUCGAUUUCCCUUCGCAGACGAAUCAGCAGAACCUGGGGGAUAUCUUCCAGAAUCAGUGGGGCUUGUCUUUUAUAAACGAGCCCAGUGCUGGACCUGAAACCGUWGUGGGGAAAUCUGCAGAUAAUCAGUUAAUGGAAGUGACAUUUCAAGGGGAAUAUCCUGCCACUUUGGUUUCACAGUGUGCUGAAAUCAUUCCCUCAGGAACUGAACAACCUGUGUUUCCUAAGGCUUAUGAGCUGGAUAAACGGACUAGCCCUCAAAUUCUUAGUGCUAUUCUUAAGCCUGGGACUGCUGUUGAGGGUGGUGUCUUAGCUUUGGAGUCGCAUCACACAGGUGACCUACAAAAGGCAGACACCGGUAGCCAAGGUGCUUUAGUGUUUCUUUCAAAAGACUAUGAAGUAGAGAAUCCUCUGGCCUCUCCCACGAACAAUUUGCUAGCCUCCGCCAAAGAACAGAGGUACCAGAGAGGCCUAGAAAGGAAAGAUAGCUGGGGUUCUUUUGACCUGAGGGCUGCUAUUCUAUAUCACACUAAAGAAAUGGAAGCGGUUUGGAAUUUGCAGAAGCAAGAUCCCAAAAGGAUAAUCACUUAUGAUGAAGCCAUGGAUCGCCCGGAUCAAUGAAGGUAGCAAGACAAGACUGCCUGUUAUAACCUUUCUGCAGCAUUUGUGCUGUUCCUGGGGGACAAAAAGGCUUUUAUGCUCCUUCUAAAUCUUCAGUGCAGCAGAGGAACCAUAACUAGAAUCACAGGAUAAUAUAUACAAAUAUAUAUAUAGUUAUUUAAAAAUGGCAACUGAAAGUAAUUAGACUUCUUAAGGAAUCUGAAAAUUUAUUUCAACGAGACUACACACGUGAUUAUUUAAUCUCCGGUACUGAAUAGAUUUUUUUUUUUCAUUUUUGUUUUGUUUUGUUUUUGUUUAAAGAGUGAAUGCAAGUGAUUAAGGAAUACAGACUCAAUUACAAGCCCAGUUUCAAAGUUCCUGCUGUCGUCUACAAGGGCAACAGCAACCCACUGGAGAGGCAUUUCCACUUGACAAGGUUUCUGUUUCUUGUUCUGUGACUGUAGUGACACACUAAUCACAGGGAAAUCAGGAUGAAUCACCAUCCUUCAUCUCCCCUUUCCCUUCCACCUCCCCUGUUUGGUUUCUUUUUUUUUUUUUUUUUUCUGGUUUUUUUUCCAUUGAAUGCUGGAGAAACGCCUUGAAGUUUUGCAGAGUUUCUUUUUUUUUUCCAGAGAAUUUAUAAUCCGCAUGUUUUGCCAGGAGUAAAGCAGCAAUCCUAUGCUGGUGAUAAUGUCUUAAAAAGGAUCAUUCUGCUGAGGGAAAGAUGGUAAUACUGCAGUUCUAGGAUGCAUGGUGAAGUCACACAGUUGACCUGGCUCCUGUUACACGUUGGACUAUUGCAACUGAAGAGUUCUUUCAUUUUAAAAGACAACAUGGAAAAAUAAGCAAUCUGUUUAGGCAUUUAAUAUGGAAAAACAAAACAACAAAAAACUCACUGUUCCCACAGUUUAAUGCCAUUGUAUUACUGGGAGCAAGGAAAAAAAAAAAAGACAAAAAAAAGUAUCUUCUGCUUUCAACUGUAGGUGCUUCAUAUUUGCUCUGUCUGUCUCCUAACACUAAAUGUGCUGGAUUUUUUUCCCAUUUUCAUUGGAAAACUGAAGAGGAAUUGAGUUCUGCUAACUUUCACCCUUCUUGGAAUUAUUUUUUCUCUUAAAAAAAAUUCAAAACAACAAAAAAAAGGAAAAAAAAGUUAAAAAAAAAGAAAAAAAAAUGGGAAUUUGAAUCCUUUUCAAUUUGUCCAUAGAACGCCAAUGGCUGGGCUUCCUGCCCCUUGGAAAUGCUCUUUUAUAUUUUAAUGCAGUCUGUGUAUUUCCGGGCUCUGCUUCUAAUUAUCUCUUAAUAAAAAUAUAUUUUAUUACAAAAAAAAUGGAGGACUUAGGAAUGAAAAUAAUAAUUUUAAAAAAUAAUAAAAAAAAAUUUAUCCCAGGGAAAGGAAAGCUUCCUAGCAGAGGUAGGGAAGGCUGAGCAGAGUGCAGGCUCCAGCUGUGUAACCCCUCUGUCCCAUUGCAGCUUGUGUAACGUGUCCAAAUCAUCUGGGGGUUKGGAUAGUUUUUCUGGGUUUUUUUAAAAGGUGCAACAUUCACAGGGUCCAGUGCAAGAGUGAGAAAUUAAUAAAGCAGAAAUGGGUUUGAUCAGCUCCAGCUCCCCAUGUGCCCAGCGCUUAUCAGGGGUGUAUGUGGCCUAAUCCUGGCUCUCUGGUAUCCAGGUCAGCAGCAGUUGGUGUCUCCUAAAAAGAGGCUGGACCCUUUGGGGCAUUACAAGGAGCAGAUAAACCCUAAACUUUGGAAUACCCUUUGUGCUUUGAUGUGUCCAUCAAGACAUAGGGCCRGUGUCCGGUCACCAGUGGGGUCCACAGGGCUCCAUCCUCAGCCCAGUUCUCUUCAACAUCUCAUUACCAAACUGGGUGCAGGACUUGAAGAGACACUGAGUUUGCUGACACUAAACUGGGAGGAAUUGUCCACUCCCUCGAGGGCAGAGGGGCCUCAGCAAGUUAGAGAUGGGCAAUCACCAACUGUAUGGAGUUUACAAGGGAGAGUGUCCMAUUCUGCACCUGGGAUGGGGCAGCCCUGCAUAGACUGGGGAAUUGGGCACCACAGUGGAAAAAGACCCCUAUUAGAGAGCAUCCACAGGAGGCCAUGAGGAUGGGGAAGGUCUGAGGGGAAGCCUUGUGAGAUCACUCAGUUGUUCAGCUGGAGGAGACUGCGGGGGGACCUCAUUGUGGUCUUCAGCAUCCUCCCAAGGCAGCAGAGGGGCAGGUUCCAAUCUCUUCACUCAUGCCCAGUGACAGGACUCCAGGGUUUGGAGAACUCCUGAAGCUGAGUCAGAGGAGGAUUAGGUUUGGAAGCAGGAAAAGGUUCUUCACCCAGAGGGUGGUUGAGGAUGGGCACAGGCUCCCCAGGGAAGUGGUCACAGCACCAAACUUGUCUGAGUUGCAGAAGAGUUUGGACAAUGCUUUCAUCACCUGGUGGGAUUCUUGGGGUGUCCUCCACAGGGCCAGCAGUUGGAUCCUGAUGGAUCUCUUCCAACUCAGCAUAUUCUGUAAUUCUAUCACUUUUUUUUUUUUUUUUUGUUAAUUAGGAGUAUGUAGCAUGUGGGGUUUUUUUUAAAUCGUUUUUAUACUUUUAAAAAGAUUGUUCCUGAAUGAGACGCUUGAGUUCAUGGUGGGACAAUGAAACUGAAUUCUGUACCUUGUGUAAGACGCUAGCUUUUCUGCCAUGCUUGAAACAUUUGACUAUGGAUUGCCUACUCCAUUCGAUGUAUCCAAAGCUAUAUAGUAUAAUUCUGAGCGUGAUACUAUAUAGUCCUCAUGUAUUGUAUCAGUCCAGGUUCGGAAAUGUGUGGUUGGCCAGUCGCAAAUAGUUCUGUUUCACCUAUAAACUGUACCACCUCUGCAGGUGUGUGUGACUUURAGAUGUAUAACAUGUUUACAGAUGUGCCCAACAUCUAGUCCUCCGACGUUCCUAUUUUUAAUUCUGUUGAGUCUCCCAACUGCUUGCCAAAAGUCGGAAUCGCCUCCAGCUCUGCUGCCCAAGAGCUGGGGCUUUCCUGAGCUUUAAAGUGUUGAACAAACUGGAUGGUGGGGCUGGGAAAAUGAAGGUGGAAGAAAUGUUUUUUUCCUUUUUAUUAUUAUUAUAAUUAUUAUUAUUAUUAUUAUUUUCAAAAAAUUGAAGGCUAAUAGCAAAGUUUCCAGUUUGUUUUACUGGCUUUAAGGCUCUGCUGUGUAUUUAUUUGCCUUGUGUAGUCACUUGUCGCCUUAAGGGCUGGGUUCGAUUAGAAAAA